GUUCAGUCAGAGAGGCGGCGCGCGCGAUCCGUCACGGAGGCUCGUGCACGAGCAUUAACCUGUCAAGAGGCAACACCUGUACGACAUUAAAGUUUGAAGUCGCGUACUCGAAAAGCGUUUUAUAUUCCCCCCCCCCCUUUUUUUCCCCCUUCCCCGCCAUGGCUGACCAUCUCCUCCAUUAUAACGACUCCGCCGGUGUGGGGAACAGAUUCGCCCGCAAAGGCGCUUUGCGGCAGAAGAACGUGCACGAAGUGAAGAACCACAAAUUCACGGCCAGGUUCUUCAAGCAGCCCACCUUCUGCAGCCACUGCACGGACUUCAUAUGGGGCUUUGGCAAGCAAGGAUUCCAAUGUCAAGUGUGCUGUUUUGUGGUUCACAAGCGGUGCCACGAGUUUGUAACCUUCUCCUGUCCCGGAGCUGAUAAAGGUCCCGACACAGACGAUCCCAGAAGCAAGCACAAGUUCAAGAUUCACUCUUAUGGCAGUCCCACCUUUUGUGACCACUGUGGAUCUCUGCUGUAUGGCCUCAUCCACCAGGGCAUGAAAUGUGACAUACGCUGCCUCCUCAUCUUUCCAAGUCAUCUCCAUCCAUCACCUCUCCUGGCUUGCUCCAUCCAUCUGUGA